GUUGGUGCGUGUGGCCGCUACCAGACGCGAUCCUACCGAGCUGAGCAGCAGACCACAGAGACAUAGCGGUGACAAUGCGUAUCCUACUAGCGCUGACGGUGUCGGUUCUGCUCUUUGCCGCAGUGCACUCCAACCCUAAAGGGAGAAGGUCUACCACCCCACAUGACAUGAGCAUCAUCGAGCUGGAGGAGCCGUGCGUGCGCCAGGGGGGGAUCUGCAUGAGGAAGGAGGACUGCCCCAAGGACUACAUGGUGAACGUGAGGGCCAUACUGUGCCCCCAGCAGCACAGCCUCGGCGUGGAGUGUUGCUAUAAUAAUUGAAGAUCUCCUUUGGCUUAGCCAGACUCCGCCUACGAUAAAAACUAAGUUAUAUCAAGUAAGUUUAUAAAUGUACAAAAUAUAUGAAAAUUAUGUUAUUAUAUUAUAGUUACCAGUAGUACAUAAAAUUUUGUUUAUAAGUAAGUAUAGGUUUUAUAUUGUAAUAUUUUUGGUACUCAUGAGCGAAUGCGCGUUUCUCUCUUAACAAUCAAAAAAAAAUAAUUAUUAUUCGCAGAUUGUAUUUAUUAAGUAUAGAAUAAAUUUAUCAUGUAUUUUCAGUGCUAAAGCUAUAAAAUUUGUAAUGAGGUUUUAAAAACCAUACUUUAUGUGUAUUUGUUUGUUAAUUCUUAUUUAUUUUUAAAAUAAGUAUGUACCCACUAUAAUUUGGCAAAUCUAUUAUUUGAAUUACUCCAGAAUUAUUUAAUGUAAUAUUUAAAAAACCAAAUGAAUAAAUAUCAUAUAUAAAAUCAAGGCAUAAAGUAAACAAGAGUAAACAUUAGAAAAAAAAUAUCCGUUUUUAAAGGUACCUAUAUAAUAUACCUAACCUACACUACUUAUAAUAUAUUUGAUAUGCUCUAGCGCUAUAAAAAUAUAUAUCCUACUCUAAUAUGUAAGUAUAUAGUGUAUCAUUUUUAUUUACAUGUGUAUUUCAUAUACUUACUCACGUGAAAAGAAACAGUUCCACUUAAAAAAUCCGACACUAAAUGGUCUGAAUUUUUUAUACAUUUAAUAAGAAAUUUUAACAAAAUAUUUACGUAUUUACUUGGUAUUAUUCUGGUGAUCUUUUAAAACUUUAAUAUUUCAGACGGCGUAAUGAAGCUAGUCCUUUCCACUUAGGACUAACUUGGUGCUUUUCUGACUGGAAAUUUUUCAUUGCCCGUGAGUGUAGUUUUCAGAAAAUUGCUAGCAUUUUAUAGUCUCUAAUUUCAAUAUUAAAAACUCAAGUAAGUAAUACGAAAUUAAGUUUUCUAAACAUAAAAAAUAUAUUAUUUAUUAUAUAAAUAUAGUGUUAUUAUUAAUAUUGAAUAACUAUAAUAUGAACUUUCAAUGAUAAAUACAGGAUGUAACUGGCUGUGUAACCUGCGCGGUAGUGGUACAGUAGACCGAACCACGUAGCUCUCCAAAAAAUUACAUAAAUCUGUUAAAUUGGCCUACUUCUUUCUCAUCAACCACCGUAAAAAUUAAGCUUUAAAACUCUAAUAAAACAGAUGUUUACAUACAUACGUGUACAAUUACAUAGGAUAUAACGCACGUUAGGAAAAAUUAAGACUUUAUAAAUUGAUCUACUUAGGUAUUAGAAUUAAGUACAUACCUACCUAUAAUAUAAAUGGUUAAAAUAAAUUUUAUACCGAAACAGCUUAAA